AUUUCUGUGACUUAACUAACAUAACCAAAGAUUUACAGCAUCUCCAUUUUCACGUGUGUUCGUUCUCAAAUUAUUUCUAUAAGUAUUUGAAUAGUGUUAAAGUGAGUUUACAAAAUGCCUAAAUCAAAGAGAGAUAAGAAGAUAUCCCUUACCAAGACUGCCAAAAAAGGGGUGGCUCUAAAACAGAGAAUUAUUGAAGACAUAAGAAGUUGCGUUGAUGAAUUCGACAAUAUUUAUGUGUUCUCUUUUAAUAACAUAAGAAAUAACACAUUCAAAGAAAUAAGAAACACUUGGAAACCUAGCAGAUUCUUCUUUGGAAAGAACAGAGUAAUUGGAGUUGGAUUAGGUAGAACAGUGGAAGAAGAAGUCCAAGAUGGCUUACAUAAGGUAUCUGAAUGUUUGAAAGGAGAGAGGGCACUUCUAUUCACUAAUAAGACUGAAGAAGAAGUUAUUGCAUAUUUUGAGAGCCAGAAUUUUGAGGAAUUUGCCAGAUCUGGUAAUGUAGCACAGAGAACCGUUUCAUUGGAAGAAGGGCCUUUGGAAAAUUUUUCCCAUGCCAUGGAACCUUAUCUAAGGAAACUUGGUCUGCCCACCAAAUUAGACAAAGGGAUCGUAACCAUGAUUAAACCAUAUGAAGUAUGCACUGAAGGUAGCAUAUUAACACCAGAACAAGCUAAAAUAUUGGAGCUACUUGAUAUUAGAAUGGCUGCUUUUGAAAUGAAAUUGAAAUGCUCAUGGAACAAAAACACUGGGUUCAAAAAAUAUUUAUAAAUAACACUAUUUAAGAACGAAAAGAAAAUAUGAAUGAGUGAAUGUGAAUUGUUUUAUAAAUUAAUUUGUAUUUUGUAUAUAAUAUAUGAAAUCCAUUUGUUAA